AUGUUGGAAGGUCUUGUUGCCUGGGUACUCAACACCUAUUUGGGGAAAUAUGUCAGCAAUCUUAAUACAGACCAGCUUUCCAUUGCUCUUCUCAAAGGGGCAGUGGAGCUGGAGAACCUUCCUCUCCGACAGGAUGCACUGCGAGAGUUUGACCUCCCCUUUGAAGUCAAAGCGGGCUUCAUUGGGAAGAUCACCCUCCAGAUCCCGUUCUACCGGCCGCACAGCGACCCCUGGGUCAUCUCCAUGUCCCAGCUGAACCUGAUCAUCGGGCCCGCCCGUCUCCAGGAGUACGAUGAGCAGCGGGAAAGGGAGGCGGAGCAAGAGCGCAAAAGACAGCUGCUGCAGGCGCUGGAGGACAAGUGGAAGAGUGAGUGUGAACAGAAAGGCGAGUCUUACUGGUACUCUGUAACUGCUUCUGUAGUUACCAGAAUAGUGGAAAACAUCGAGCUGAAGAUUCAAGGGGUUCACUUGCGAUUUGAAGACAACUUCUCCACUCCUGAAAAGCCAUUUUCCUUCGGCGUGUGCAUUAAGAACGUGUCUGCACAGAAUGCUUCCAAAGAACCGGCAGAGAAGCUCCUGAGGCAGAAGCAGCUAGAGAUAGAGGAGUUCAGUGUGUACUGGGACACGGAGUGUUGCGUGCUGGGAGAUCUCCCCACAGCUGAGAUCCAGGAGGCCAUGACGAAAUGCAUGCAAAGCCGAGAACACCAAUACAUCUUUGAGCCUGUGUGUGCCUCUGUGCUGCUCCGGAGGAACGCCUCCAAAGAACCCCUGAGGUCCCGCCACACCCCACGAAUUGGUGGCCAGGUGCAGCUGGAGCCCCUGUCUCUGCGCCUGUCACAGGUCCAGUACCAGCAGAUCAUGGCCUUCCUCAAAGAGUUGGACCGCAGGGAGAGAGAGAUGCUGUUUCGCAAAUGGAGGCCCAAAGUCCCUGUGUCUGGAAACUGCCGGCAGUGGUGGAUGUUCGCCAUCAAUGCCAACCUGAGUGAGAUCCGGGACCAGCGGAUGAGGGGGAACUGGGAUUUCGCCCUGCAGCGGGCCCGGGACGCCCAGCUAUACACACACCUCUACUUCCAAAGGCUAAAGGGGUUACCCCUCAGUGCACAGGAGAAGGCUGAGCUGGAGAGAGUGGAGGACGAGCAGGACCUUGAGGAGCUGAAGAGCCUAAGGGAGAUUGUCCAUGACCGCUUCCGCAAGCAGGAGGAAAUCGCAGAGAGUGUGAGAGAUGCUAUAUCGGAUCCAGCUUUGUCCUCACCGUCCCGCUCCAUCCCCAAGAGUGGCAGCUCUGGCAUGAUCCAGUACCUGCAGUCCUGGUUCCCUGGCUGGGGUGGCUGGUACGGGGAAUCCCAGGACCCAGAGACGGGCGUCGACGGGCAGACAAUGUCCGCAGAUGAGCUGCUGCCUGGCCAGGGCUCCUGGGACAUACUGGCUGACACCGAGGAUCUCUUUGACCCUUUGGAGGACUCCCAGACUCUGAAUACCUUCACCAGACGGGACCAUCUCUUUGCCCGGCUGGACUUCCUGUUGGAGAAGGGGGCCGUCACUCUUUUCCACCAGGACAAGAAGGGCAGCACACCCCACGAGAGCGGUGUCAUCCAGCUGGAGUUCUCAGGGGUGAAAGUUGGGGUGGAGUCCCUCCCUCGCUCUGAGUCCUCGCUGUUCUCCGUGAAGCUGGGGGGACUGUUUCUGAGAGACCUCACGACCCAGGGGACCAUCUUCCCCUACCUUGUCUCCCCCAAACCAGACAAAGUGGCCGUGGCCAUUAAUCAGUCUUUUGGACAGCCCAGUGGCUCAGAAGCCACAAACUCAGCUGCCAAUAUGGAGACGUCGGCACCCCCUGUCUUCGAGAUGAUAUACGAACGCAACCCAGCUCGGAGUAAAUUUGAGAGGCGUCUGGAGGUCAAUACCAGCCCUCUCAAUAUCAUCUACAACCCCCAGGCGAUAAAGAAAGUUGCUGACUUCUUCUACAAGGGCAGGGUCCACACCUCAGGGUUUGGAUACCAGUCAGAGCUGGAGCUCAGGGUGGCGGAGGCAGCCAGGAGGCAGUACAACAAGCUGAAGAUGCAGACUAAGGCAGAGAUCCGGCAGACUAUCGACCAGCUGCUCGUGGGAGAGUUCAUUGAGAACAGCAAGCGUUGGACGAUGAAGCUGGACAUCUGUGCUCCUCAGGUGAUCUUUCCUGAUGACUUCCAGACAGAGGACCCCAUGCUUGUGGUCGUGGAUCUGGGGCGCAUUCUCCUCACCAACUCCCAGGAGGACCUCAAAACAAAGUCAAAGACUGCUCCAACGGAAGGGGAGGAGUUUAGUGAUGAUGAGUACCAGACUCCGCUGGCUACUCCCCCAGGUUCUCCCCACCCUGAACCAGAGAUGGAGCUCAAGGAUCAAGGGAAGAGCCCUGAGCUGCCGAGCCUGAAGCUGGCAGAGGGCGCACAGUCCUACUGCCGAAACCUGUACGAGAAGUACUCCCUCUCCUUCAAUGAUCUGCAGAUCAUGGUGGGCCGUUACAAGGACAACUGGAAGCACCUGCAGGAGAGUGAGGUGGGGCCCACCCACGUGGUGGAGAAGUUCAACGUGCUCCUGCAGCUGGAGCAGAGGCUCCGCUACACCUCCGACCCCCAGCUGCCUGGAGCCGUACUCUCCGGCACCCUCCCGGACCUGAAAGUCCACAUCAACCUGGAGAAGAUGACGGCCCUGAGGAGCUGCCUGGCUCGUCUGAACAGCCCGGGGGCGGAAGAGGACAGUGACCCACGGAAGGGGGAGGGUGCCAAGUCCCCUGACCCUCUGACACUGCGCCACGAGAAGAUCUUCCAGAGGGAGGACAGCCAGUGGAAGCUGCAGGGAUCGACUAAAAAUCUCACCCAGAGUGUGCAGACUCUAGAGCAGCACACUCGGGAGGUCCUGGUGGAGUCGCGGCUCCUCCUCGCCGAGUUCAACAUCAACUACAUGCAGCUGGGGGUGGAGAGUGGGGGUCGCUACAUAUCGGUACUCAAAGUGUUCGGCACCAACGCCCACUUUGUCAAGCGGCCCUACGAUGCGGAGGUCUCCCUCACUGUCCACGGCCUGCUCCUGGUGGACACGCUGCAGACAUAUGGCUCUGACUUUGACCUCUUAGUGGCCUCUCACAAGCAUUUGAGCUUCGAUGUGCCAACGGGCAGCCUCCGUGAGAGCCAGCCCACUUCCCCCGUCUCCCCUGACCACAAGCCUCCAGAGAUGUCAGAUUUGCGUGGAGAAACACCCCCAGGGUUGCCUUUUGAAAAAGUCUCUCCGUAUAGCUCUUUUCUCAAAGACCAGGAGGCCCUCAUCAAACUGGAAUACCAGUUUGUUAGCUCUGACUGUCCAUCGAUGAACCUGGACAGCUCCCUCCAAGUGACCUCCAUGCAGGUCAAUAACCUGGACAUAAUCUUAAACCCAGAAACAAUGGUAGAGCUUCUCAAAUUCCUCCAAAAGUCGUUCCCUAAAGAGGAAAGCACUUGGACUCCCUCAAGCCAGCAGCUGUCCCUUCAGCCUGAUGUGGAUGGUCAAGAGGAAACCUACCAGUCAACAUAUGACCAGAACACAGAGGUCACUGUGGAGAUCCACAGACUGAAUCUGCUCCUGUUGCGCACUGUUGCGACCGGCACUGUUUUGGGGGGAGAAAAGAAAGGCAUGAAGAUUGCCACAGCCAGUAUUAAUGGCACCAAGGUCAAUGUCUCCAUGGGAGGCCGGCUGGAUGUCAAUGGCUCCCUCGGGUGCCUCCAGCUGGUGGACCUGACUCAGGAGGGCCUGAAAAGCCAGUUUGUGGUCAGCAUCGGGAAUGUGGAAGACCUUCCCACAGCCGGAAGUAUGGCCUUCUUCUCAGACACUGCAGGAACACCCUCUGAAGCUCUGAGCUUCCACCUCCUGGAGAAGUCCCAGGGCGAGUGCUCUCUGCAGCUGCAGAUGGCCUCCUUGCAUUACAACCAUUCAGCCAAGUUUCUCAAAGAGCUCAGCCUCUCCGCCAACGAGGUGGAGGACAACUUCCGCUCCAUGCUGAAGACUGCAGCCACCAAAGUUUCCACCGUGCUCGCCAACAAGACGGCGGAGUAUAGCGGCAUGGUGUCGCUCUUCGAGACUCCGCCCAGGAGGUCGAGGACGCAGAGCCAGAGUCACUGGACUUACCCCUUCGAAGAUGAGGAGGAUCUAGUCGUCACUGAACAGGAACCCAGCUUAGACUCCUUUAUGGUCAAACUCACUCUAAAUAUCAGCAUUGACUCUCCUGUGGUUUCCAUCCCUCGAAAGCCAGGUCAUCCUGAGCUUCUGGUGGGCCAUUUAGGGAGCAUAACGAUUCAAAACUUUGUGGCUGGCCAGAACAGCUCAGAGAGAGAGAAGCUGCAGGUGGAGGUGAAAGACAUUCGGCUGUACUCCCUCAACACUAGUUAUUUGGUCCAGCGCAAGGCCACUCGGUCAGACUCUACCUCUUCCUCAAAGUUCUCGCCCUCCCACAACGGGAGUGUCAGUCAGGACGAACUGCAGUUCACUCGCCAUGACUUCUUUGAAUCCCUGAGCCGUGGCAAAGCCUUUCACAUCCUGAAGGACACCACUAUCCAGUUCACCGUGGAAAAGGUCCCACUUGAUGAAGACACCCAGUUCACCUUUCUCACGUGUGAUGAGCCUUUUCACAGCUCAGGGCUACUGAGAGUGGAGGGCAAGUUUGUCAACCCUGUGCAGGUGUUUCUGGCUAAGUCUGUGUAUGAGCAGGUGCUGCAGACCUUGGACAAUCUUUCUUUCAUUGACGAGCAGCGGGCGACGCCCAGCCAGCCCCCAACCCCACCUCCUCCCACCCCCUCCUCCACUAAACCCCACCGCUUCCCAGACCCGCAGGGUGGACUGUUUGCACGUGACCCUCCCCUCUCAGGGCUGUCCUAUGCCUCCCUGUCCUCUUCCCUCUCCACCCCCAUGCCCCUGCAGGCCCACAGCCCCCCGCCCCAGCCCCCCUCUUUCACCCAGGUACGAGCUAAUUUCCGCGUGGCGGAGCUCCAGGUGCACCUGAGUGCCGACCUGAGCCAGGGCUCGCAGGGGCUGGUCAGCCUAUGCUUCCAGGACCUGGAGGGGGACUUCUCCAAAGACCACCCCCACUCCUUGGCCGUCCAGCUCACCCUCCGCUCCCUGCUGAUGGAGGACCUCCUGGAGCCCAAUCCCGACUCCAAAUACAAGCACCUUAUGGUGUCCCGGGGUGCUCCCAAGCCCUCCACCUUCAGCCCCAAGGAGUACCUCUCUCAGUCUUGCCCGUCCCCCUCCAAUGCACAAUUCCCCGAGAUGCCCCGCUCCCUCCCCGCCCAAAUGGAGGAGGCGCAGAACGUCUUCCAGUUCUACCAGAGGCACCCCAGCACAUCAGCGGCGGCAGCCCGAAAGAGCAAGAAGGACCCAGAGUGCCCCAGCACCCCGCCACCCUCCCCCACUCGCAACACCCCAUCCCCACACCCUGGCCCGGACUUUGAUGAUUCCCUAGUCCACAUCAACGUCCUCCUGGUGGACCGGCGCCACCCAGAGUUCAGGAGCCGUUACGGCAGUGUGGGCCGCAGUGUGGAUGUGGACUUCAACUGCCUAGACGUCCUCAUCACCCUGCAGACCUGGGUGGUUAUCCUGGACUUCUUCGGCAUCGGCUCCACUGCCAACAACCACGCGGUGCGAGUGCCCUCCGCCUCCCCCCAGCCUAUGCCUGGACACCCGCUGCCGUACCCCGACUCAGACGACCUCUACUCUGAGAACAGUGAGGAGGAACCCCCAGAGGCAGUCAACACCAAGCUUGACCUAAAGGUCCAUUCCCUGACUCUUAUUCUCAAUAAGAAAACCAACGAGCUUGCUAAGGCCAGUGUUUCCAAACUGGCUGCCCACUUAGAACUGAUUGAGCGAGACCUGGCUCUGCAAGGCAGUCUGGGUAGCCUGUCUCUCAGUGAUCUGACCCCACACGGUGACCUCUACAGGGAGCGCUUCACCACACGGGGUGGAGAGGCCCUGGUCUUCAACAUCCACAAAUACGGUGAAGCAGAUCCUUUUCUGGAGCGUGACUACGAUAUGAAGGUGUCACUGCAAAUGGCAUCGGUGCAGUAUGUCCACACCCAGCGCUUCCAGGCCGAGGUGGUGGCCUUCAUCCAGCACUUCACCCAGCUGCAGGACGUGCUGGGGAGGCAGAGGGCCGCGGUGGAGGGCCAGGCUGUGCGCGAGCGUCCACAGCGGGCCUCCCGCGUGCUGCUGGACAUCGAGGCGGGCGCCCCGGUACUCCUGAUCCCCGAGAGCUCCCGCUCGCCGCGCCUCAUCGUGGCCAACCUUGGCCAGCUGCGCGUCCGCAACCGCUUCCUGCCCGCCGGCUCGCGCGGCACCUUCUCCCUUAGAGACAAGGACCGUGUGAAGAACACAUCAUCUGCAGAGUCAGGGAAAGAAGAGGGCGUGUUGGGGAAGGCCGAAGCAGGGGCCUCGGGUAGUACAACUUCCGGCUUCAAGCUAGGCCGGCCCCAGCCUGCUAUGGGGAGCAUUCCUGAGGCGGACGUACCUCUUAGCCCUGAUGGAUAUGUGUGUCUGCUGGACUGCAUCACCCUGGACCUGCAAGAGAUGGACAUAUUCGCCGCGGAGCGUCUGCCGUGCGAGCCGUGGGACAAACCCACCACGCAGCCGGACACAGACCUGCUCUUCCCCUCCUACUCGGUGCGCCGUACAGGGGGCAACCUGCUGAAGGAGCGCUGUCGGCUCAAGCUCAAGGUGGAGAGGAACCUGGACAAGGAGCUGAGCCACGCCAUACCGGACAUGACCAUCCAUGGGAGCUUGUCCUCAGUGCACUGCUCUCUGGAUCUGGACCGGUACCGGCUGAUCCGCGGGCUCCUGGAGAACAACCUGGGCGAGCCUGUGGAGGAGUUCCUCAGGCCCUACAACCUGCAGGACCCCAGCACCUAUACGGUGUUGAGUGGUGAUGUCUUCACCUGCCUCUCCUUCCUUGUUGACAUGAUGAACGUCAGUUUGGAGCUGCACGACACGCCCAAAUCCACAGGCCAGAAGCGCUCUUUGGCCAGGUUUGACUUCAUGAAAUCAAAGCUGCUGUUUGAGAGUUUCUCCAACGGUUCCAAGUCUGUGAACCUGGUGUCUCACUCCCUCCUGGCGUACGACACCCGCUACACUGGACCCGGGUCCAGCGCUGAGGGCAAGCGGAAUGCGUUCGACUGCAUCCUGCAGCCCUCCAGAACCGGCACCAACCGGGCCUCCCUCCAGCUGGAGCUUCACUACCGAUCAACCAGAGACUCCUCCUGCUUCACAGUGGUCCUCAACAACCUGCGCGUCUUCCUCAUCUUCGAUUGGCUGCAGCUGGUGCGGGACUUCCUGAAAAUGCCCACGGAGAAGGGCGCGGCCCCACCCAGGCAGCGCUGGCCAAGCGGGAGCAGUGACCCCGGCGCCACGGCUGCCGUCAAGCCCAAGACCGUCAAGAGCGGGGUGGUGACCAAGAGGUCCACUGUGCCAGUCACUCAGGACAGACACCUGGAGGUUAAGAUCAACGUGACCGGGACGGAGUUCGUAGUGGUGGAAGACUCGUCCUCCCUGGAUACCAAUGCCAUCAUCCUGAAAGGCACUACAGUGCUAACCUACAAGCCACGCCUCCUAGACCGCCCUUUUUCUGGCAGCCUGGCUGGCAUUGAGGUGUUCUCUUGCCGGCUGGGCAGCGAACAGGAGACAGCCUUGUCCAUCAUCGACCCCGUCAAUGUUCAGGUGGAGCUCUGUGGAAGCCCCACCUACCAGAGCAGCUCCGGUCUCUUGGACGCCUUCAACAUGGAAGACUUUCCCCCGCUACUGGAGAUCCAGUUCCCUGCCCUGGAUAUCCGUCUCUCCUACAACGAUGUCCAGCUCUUCCUGGCUAUUGCCAAGUCCAUCCCCACAUCUGGCUCCUUGAGUCAAAGCGAUGCCGCGGCCACAGAGACAGGCACAUCCUCAGCCGGCUCUGACCCCACCACCAGUCAAAAGGACCUCUUCAGGCAUAAGACAGAAGCUCUGUUAGAGAGCCAGCUGUCGAGGCUACAGGACCUGGGCUUCAGAAAGGAGGACUGCAAACGGGCCCUCGUCCAGUGUAAAGGACAACUGGAUCAGGCUGCUACAUGGCUGCUGGAGAAUGCCGAAGCAAUGACAUUACACUCUGGGGGCGGGGCUGACUCUGGGUCAGCCAGUCACUCUUCGCCACCCCUGUCAGGAGUGGAAGUCAAAGCGGAGAGUGUGUGCAUCUGCUUCAUUGAUGACUGCCUGGACUGUGACGUCCCGCUGGCCGAGCUCACCUUUUCUCGGCUAUACGUUUUGCAGCGCAUUGGAUCUACACAGGAGGGCAAUGCCAGUUUCACACUCUCUGGAGAUUACUACAAUAGAGAACUUUCAGGUUGGGAGCCUUUCAUUGAACCCUGGCCCUGUUUCCUUACCUGGCAGCAGCAGGCCGCAGGACGCCUCCACCCGCCACGCCUCAAAAUGGGGGUCCGAGCCAAGCAGAGACUGGACAUCAACAUCACCUCUGUCUUGCUAGAGCAAUACAGCACCACCAAGAGCUCCUGGCUGGCUGAUUACUGUAAGGAGAAAGUGGAGGAGCAGCCCACCCAAUCGGCCGCUGCUCUGUCCUGGAUGGGAUCCUCUGUGGACCCGCCCAACUUUGGCCAGAGUCUCCCUCUCUCCUGCCUUAGAACUAGGAGCACUGCCAGCUUGACUUGCCUUGAGCAGCAGAUUCAUGCCAGAGCGGACGUGAAGCUGUCCAAGAGAAGGCAGCCCUUCAUACCCUAUGCCCUGCGGAACCACACCGGCUGCACCAUGUGGUUCGCCACCCUCACCACCACGCCCACCAGGGUGGCGCUGUCCCACAGCGGGAGUGCCGACUCCAUUUCUGACACGCACGGGCCCGGCACGGACGACACCCACAAUGUCAGCCAAUGGAGAGAGGUGCUUCCCGGGGAGGAGAUUCCGUUUGAGUUUGAAGCUCGUGAGAAACUGAGGCACAGACACACCCAUGAGCUGAAGCUCCACCAGCUGCUGGUCCGGGUCGGGGGCUGGGAGCAGGUGAAGCCUGUCUCGGUGGACAAAGUGGGAGUGUUCUUCCGCUAUGCCGCCCCCGACCGCAAUAACCCCUCCAACACGGUUGGCAGCCCAAUCAGCAGAACCAAUAUCAUCCACCCCCACGUUUAUUUCUCCGCUCUUCCUCCUGUGAGAGUGGUCUUCGCCAUUACCAUGGAGGGCAGCGCCCGCAAGGUCAUCACAGUGCGCUCCGCCCUCAUGGUCAAGAACCGGCUGGAGGUUCCCAUGGAGAUACGCCUGGACAGCCCGUCAGCUCCAGACAAGCCGGUGGUCUUGCCCCCCAUCCUGCCAGGAGAGGCACUGGCUGUGCCCCUGCACCUCACAUCCUGGAGGCUGCAGGCCCGCCCCAAAGGCCUGGGCCUGUUCUUCUGCAAGGUGCCCAUCCACUGGACCAGCGUGGAGAAGCCGGGCGAGGUCAACAGCAGCAAGCGGGAGUGCCAGUCCACUGACUUCGAUGACACCCUCAGACGCAGUUUCAGAUUUUGCGUGGUGAUAAAGAAGGAGAACUACCCAGACCAGCAGCCUGCCAAGACUGUGUCGGGGGGUGCCAAGCAGAUAUACCGCCAACCGGGUCACACCAUCUACCUGCUGCCCACCUUAGUGCUGGCCAACCUGCUGCCGUGUGACCUCAACUACUACAUCAAGGGCACCUCGAUCAAGGGCUCCAUGAAGCCUGGCAAGGAGGCCGUGCUGCACGCGGCAGACACGUCUCAGAACAUGGAGCUGGGGGUGCUGCUGGAGAACUUCCCUGUGUGUAAAGAGCUGCUCAUCCCUCCGGGGACUCAGAAUUAUGUUGUGCGCAUGCGACUCUACGACACCAACAAGCGCCUGCUGUGUCUCACCAUCCGCAUCGUCCUCCGAGCUCAGGGGGCGCUCAAGAUCCUCAUCUCUGCCUCCUACUGGCUCAUCAACAAAACCGGGCUGCCGCUGAUAUUCCGUCAGGACAAUGGGAAGACGGACGCUGCUGGGCAGUUUGAGGAGCACGAGAUGGCCAGGAGCCUCAGCCCCCUCCUCUUCUGUUACACGGACAAAGAGCAGCCCAACAUGUGCACAAUGCGGAUUGGGAAGGGGAUUCAUCCGGACGGAGUCCCGGGGUGGUGCCAGGGUUUCUCUCUGGAUGGGGGCAGUGGGGUGAGAGCAGUCAAGGUCAUCCAGCAUGGGAACAGGCCGGGACUCAUCUACAACAUAGGCAUCAACGUGCGGAAGGGGAAGGGUCGCUAUCGGGACACCCACAUUGUGACCUUUGCCCCCCGCUAUCUCCUGGACAACCGGUCUUCCCACAAACUGGCUUUUUCACAACGGGAGUUUGCCAGAGGAAAGGGCACAGUGAACCCGGAGGGCUACAUCUCCACCCUGCCCGGCUCCAGCGUAGUCUUCCACUGGCCCAGGAACGACUACGACCAGCUGCUGUGUGUUCGCCUCAUGGACAUCCCCAACUGCACCUGGUCAGGGGGUUUCGAGGUCAACAAGCCCAAGUCCUUCCACGUCAACAUGAGGGACACUCUGGGGAACUGCUUCUUCCUGCGUGCCGAGAUUGCCCUGAAGGGGGCGACGUACCAGAUCUCCUUCUGCGACACGGACCAGCUGCCCCCGCCGUUCCGCAUCGACAACAUUUCAGAGGUUCCCAUUCAGUUCUGGCAGCACGGUGUGGCGGACAUGCGCCUGCACACGGAGGUGAAGGCGGGGUCAGUGCUGGACUACGCCUGUGACGAGCCCACCCAGCCUCCUUACCUCGUCCUCACGGUCAAGGGGGCGGGGUCCUCCGAGGUCACUUCCGACAUGAACUUCUUCAGGGAGUACAACAAGCUGUACUACGAGAACUUCAUCUACAUCGCCGCCACCCACACCUUUUCGCAGGACGCUGGGAAGUGGCCGGUGGGCAAAAAACGGGCCGUGAGCUGCGCGGAGCUGGUGCUGGAUGUGGAGACGAAGACUCAGAGAGUCAUCCUCAAGAAGAAGGAACCGGGCAAGCGCUCUCAGCUGUGGAGAAUGACGGGUACAGGAAUGCUCUGCCACGAGGGCUCUUCCCCGCCACAGAGCAAGCCCGCCCAGCCACGCCCCCUCAAUUCCUCCCUUGUCCUGGACAUUGCGGGAUUAGCGGCUGUCACUGACAACAGCUAUGAGCCCCUCAUGCUGAGGAGGCCGGACCCCCGCCGCAGCACCACCCAGACGUGGCACUUCAGCUCCGGCAUGCUGACCUGCGGCCUGCCCAGGCUGGUGGUGCAGGUGAAGGGCGGGGUGUCGGGUCUGUAUGACGGGGCGGAGGUGGUUCUGGGGCCAGACUCCGGCCUACUGGACCUGCCUCCAGAGCAACAGUUCAUCAAUCAGAAGAUGCGUCCCGGGUCGGGGGUUCUGUCGGUCCAGGUUCUGCCUGAUGGGCCCACUCGGGUCCUACAGAUCAGCGACUUCAACCAGCGGCGAAUAAAUCGCACCUCUCCCAGCACUGAAGAGGACAAGGAGAACAAACAGAGGAAGGUCCCAGAAGAGGAGCUGGAGGUGGUAGUGAGCCUGGAGGAGGGUGUUGGGCUCUCUUUGGUCAACAAGCUGCCAGAGGAGCUGGUAUUCACCACACUGUCAGGCAUUGAUGUCCACUUCACACGAACCGCUGCCAACGAGGUGCUGGAGCUCAGCAUACAGAACAUCCAGGUGGAUAACCAACUGCUGGGCACCACCCAGCCAGUAAUGCUGUGCGUGACGCCCAGCUCCAGCGAGAGCAGCAACAUGGACACAGGCCCUGCCCUGCAGGUGAAUGCUGUCAAGGUUCCCAGCAGUCUCAUGCUGACUGACCUCUUCAAGCACCUGAUGGUCACAGCCCGACGGUUCACGGUCAUCAUCGAGGAGAAACUCCUGCUCAAGCUCCUCAGCUUCUUCGGUUACGGCCAGUCAGAGGCAGAGCUGGAGAAGCUGGAUGAAAACCUGUAUGAGAAGUCGAGUGAGGAUGCAGGGACACCAAAGCGAUAUUACUUUGAGAACCUAAAGAUCAGUCUUCCCCAGGUCAAACUGAGUGUCUUCACCUCUCACAAACUCCCUCCUGACCUCAAGGCCCUGAAAGGCACGCUGGGAAUCCCACUGAUUAGGUUUGAGGAUGCUGUCAUUAACAUGUACCCGUACACACGGGUCCACCCAUACGAGACCCAGGAGAUCAUUGUCAACGACGUCCUCAAGCACUUCAGAGAGGAGCUCAUCAGCCAGGCUGCUCAGAUCCUGGGCUCCGUGGACUUCCUGGGGAACCCCAUGGGGUUGCUGAACGACGUCACCGAGGGCGUGUCCGAGCUCAUCAAGUAUGGCAACGUGGGCGGCCUCAUCCGCAAUGUCACCCACGGUGUCUCCAACUCGGCUGCCAAGUUUGCAGGAACCCUUUCAGACGGGCUGGGAAAAACCAUGGACAACCGCCACCAGAGCGAGAGAGAGUACAUCCGUUACCAUGGAGCCACCAGCGGGGAGCACCUGGUGGCUGGGAUCCACGGACUCGCACAUGGCAUCAUCGGCGGCCUGACCAGCGUCAUCACCUCAACGGUGGAGGGUGUGAAGACAGAGGGUGGUGUUAGUGGAUUCUUCUCCGGUCUGGGGAAGGGUCUGGUUGGCACGGUGACCAAGCCAGUAGCCGGAGCCUUGGACUUCGCCUCUGAGACAGCCCAGACUGUCAGGGACAUGGCCAGCCUGAGCAAUCACAGGCUGAGCGUCCAGCGGGUGAGGAAGCCUCGCUGCUGCAAAGGGCCCCAGGGUCUGCUCCCUCGCUUCUCCGCCAUGCAGGCCGACGGACAGGAGCAGCUCUUCCGCCUCACCGACAACAUCCACUCUGAGUUCUUUAUCGCCGUGGAACAAAUCGACACGUACUGUGUGCUCAUCUCCUCCAAGGUGGUAUACUUCCUGAAGCCUACAGACUACGUGGACCGCGAGGCCAUUUUCUUGGAGGUCAAGUACGACGACCUCUACCACUGCCUGGUCUCCAAGGAUCACGGGAAGGUGUAUGUGCAGCUCACAAAGAAAGCAGAGAGCACCAGUAGUGGGGUGGCUAUCCCAGGCCCCUCCCACCAGAAGCCCAUGGUUCACGUGAAGAGUGAAAGCCUUGCCGUCAAGAUCUCUCAAGAAAUCAACUACGCCAAGAGUCUGUACUACGAGCAGCAGCUCAUGUUGCCGCCCAAUGAAAGCGAGGAUCACCUGCUGCUGGACGCCUAACUGACCAAUCAGCGGCAGACAGGUUUUUUUUCUGUACAGGAAGCAAUCGGUACAGGAAGCAAUGGUGGCAUUCCCUGAACGUAUCUAAUUGCUAGAAAAAUAACAUUAUAUAAGGGAGAACUGCCUAAAACUAUGAGUUAAAGUAUGAAGGGACUUCAUUUUGAAUGCAAAAUAAUGUGUUUGGUAUCAUACAAGUCCCAAGAAGCACAGCUGUGUAAUAUAAAAAUAUGCAACUAGUAUUAUUUUAUCAGGUUCUAUACAUGUAGAGCAACAUAAGAGAGGACUACAAAGAUAUUUUAUUUUACAGAGAUGUUUAUAAAACUGCUGGUUUG